AUGUUGACAUUAACAUACGUUACCAUUCGACCUCACACAGCAAGUAAUUCUAGCCAACUUUUGCACAAAAUUGGCUGCUAUGCAACUACUUCAAACGCUAGCGAGAUUUGCACUCGGUCCCGAAUUAUGGUGCCACACUUUCACAGACUGCGAUGGCUAAUAGUAUAG